AUGGGUGUUAGCCUUUGGCCAUCACAUCGCCUCGACAGUUCUUUGUUCCCCGUUGCCUUUUACGGCCACGCCACAUCUGUAAGCCCUCGGUGGGUCGAAUGUUUCUUUGUUUCCCACUGGGCAGUGAAGGAUCCUCGAGAUAUUGCUUUUCUAGCCACUGAAUAUCCGUGGGUCGCACUUGAUCUUUUACAUCUCCCCCUCAACUAUCUCCCCGGCCUCCCCGAAAAAACACCCCGGUUUACACUUGGGAUGACUAUGGAGUCUGGCAACCAAAGAGUCGCUAGGAAGCGUGAGAUCCGAACCCGAGCCCCGACAGCCUGUCAGACCUGUCGGCUACGCAAAACAAGAUGUGACAAUACCAGGCCGAUCUGUAGCUACUGCGCCGUGCAGGGGGUGGAGUGCAACUAUCCCGAAACCUCGCCACAGCAGAACCAACUCGGGUUUGACCCUGUGAACCCGUCGAACCAAGAAGUGCUCCAACGGCUGAAUCAUAUCGCCGGCUUGCUAGAGGACAUCAAAACAUCCGAAGGCUCCACCUCUUCGAAUCGGUCUCUUAGCUCCCUCAAAGAGGGAUUCUUUGAGUUAGCCGUGCAGAACACUAGCCCCCUGGCUGAAUCGUUGUCAGGGACUAAUCCACCAAGCAGCAGCACUGCUAGUAUCGAUGACCGGGGAACCGAUCACGAUCCCCGAAUCCUUUACAUGGCUAGCUCCGGAGAGAACAUGCUCCGAUGGCCUAUUUUCAGCAAGGUCAUCACCGAAGCCGAAAAGCAUAUUCGAUCCUUCCUCCUCGACUCACUGGAUACUCAGCCCCGUAGUAUGCAGUCACCCCGGCAGGUGGGGAUCGGGAACUUUGUCGAUGAGAUUCCUAGGCUUUGCAGGAAGUACUUCCUGCUAUGCCACCGAAGAAACCCGAUAGUCGACCUAGACAAUCUAGACCGCUAUGCCAAGGAGGUCACCGUCCAGGGUCUUGGAUGGGAUGGCCCUUCGUGUCAAGUGCUGUUAGCGUGCGCUUUAGCUUCAUGCACAUCAUCCAAGUUUGUUCCGCUGGCAGAGGACAUGCCAGCGAAUCUUGAUGGACUUCAAGCACCACCCAUGUCAGACGCCAACCUCGAUUUGGCUGAGACAUAUUUCCACGCUGCAAAGCAGAGAUUUGGCUUCUUGCACACGUCCCCGACAGACAUUCAGUGCUUUCUUCUUGCUGGAAGUUACCACAGACAUGCCAUACGACCUCUACAGGCUUGGUUCUGUUACCAGCAGGCAUCUUGCAGAUUAGAAGUUCGUUUGCGGUCGCUGUGUAGAGAACGGUGGACCGCCGAUGACAACUAUCAUAACCUAGAGUCGAGACUAUACUGGUCCUGUAUCCAGGCAGAACAUGAGAUGCAAAGUGAACUCCCUCUCUGGAACAGUGGGCUUGAAAGCUUGGGCUAUUCAGAUCCAUUCCCUAAAUUCCCUAGCAGGAAUUCUUCUUCCUCAUAUGACCAUAUGGAUGAAGACCAAGAUUUCGCUAUCAGACCAGGUUUUGAACUGGAUGGCACGGAAGAAGAGAGAGGCUGGAAAUUCUACAUCGGGUCUAUCUGUAACCGCCGGACCACUAAUGAAAUCGUGUCUGAUAUGUGGCGUCAAGGGGAGAAGGGCUGGACCAAAGAUAUUCCCCAUCUCCUAAGAAAAACACUGUCAGCUGAGAAUGUUGUAACAUCAUGGUACAAGCCCCCGAAGUCCCCGAACAUGAAAGGUCUCUCGACACAGACUGCUAACUCAUUCAAAAGGUACCAAAUCUCGAUAGCCGGGAUCCAGUCCGCACAAGACAACCCAGACCUAAGGUUCUUCUUCCGCGGCAGAUAUCACAUGGCACUGGAGAGGAUCUACCGACCAGCGUUCUACCUUGCGAUGCACUACAAGGGGAUGCCAACAUUCAUCAAGAACAACCACCAAGUCUGGGUAGAAGUGUUCGAUCUGGCGCAAAAGGCCAUUGAUAACUGCAUCAUACUGAUCCCCAGCUACUGGUAUCAAUUCCGACACGAGUGGAUUUGGAACGUGGUGCGUGCCAGCUUCGCCUGUGCUGUGCAUAUUCUUGGGGCUGUCUUAUAUCAGGUCGAAGCAGCAAGGGAUCCCGGUACAUGGCAAGUGCGUAUCCCGCCAAAUUGGGCUCCUUUGGUGAGACUCUCGAUUCGCACAUUGAGGCAUUGGUCGGCGGAGUCUACUGAUCUAGAACUUAUGGGGUCGAUUCUUGAGAGAAUGUAUCAGGGUACUUGUCGGUUGGCUAAUGUGCGCCCUGAUAUUCAUCUGAUUUGA